AUGCGUCUCGAAGUUCCGAGCCUCAUGCGCGAAUUCAAGGACCGGAUGACUUUUGGACGUGAUCCCGAGGGGUAUCUCUUCUACAAGGAUGUGGACGACCUCGACCCUGACCAAUCAAGUCGAUACAUAAUGUUUCCGAAUGUCUACAAAACGAAGACCGAGCACGCCGUCGUUGUCAAAUUCUUCCACAACGACCCCAGCAGGUGUUAUGCGCAGUUCAUCGCGAAAGACGAAAACAUGACUGUUGACUACACCAUUGACAAUGGGCAGAUGGGCAUUUGGACCACUCUUGUGCAAGGUUCCGCGCAGGCGAUGAUCAAGAAGGCUAGCGACGAGAACACCGUGACGCUCACCGUCCCCGCGAUUGGCAAGAAGGCGACGUUCGAGCUGAACACUGACCAGAGUAUCAAGACGUGGGGAGAGAUCAGCUACAAGCGCCUUUCUGAGCUUACCACUCCUGCUGGAAGUUGCUCGUUUGUUGAUUUCAACCCGGAUCGCCUGCUUCUCUUCCCGAAGAUGCAGAGUCCCGACUUCACAGCUGUCUUUAUCCCUUCCGAGGCGCUUGCACGUCCUGAUGCUCUGGGCGCAACCAGCGUCGAGACAGACUGUUGUGUGGAGCGAUAUCUAAGCGAUACGUUUACCUCAAAGCACAAAUUGAAACUAGCCAAUGAAAUUGACUGA